UCACAGGCUUAUCGCAGGGAAGACUCAGGAGAGAAGAUGGUUCAGGUACUCCGGCCAUUGAGUUUGAAGCACUGGCCGUUUGUUAGACUACAGCGGCACUACUACCGUUGCUCCGGCGAUAUGCUUCGACAUCUCAUCCUCCCUCCCUUAUCCCCUUUCAGACUCAGUCUUCUGCAGCAGCAGCAGAAGAACAAGCUCUUCUAUGCCACACUUCCUUCCUCUCGUCGGGACUUUGGUUUGCGAUCGCAGGGCUUGCGGUUGCCGGAAGCUGGAGAAACAGAUGAUCUCCAAGAAGGCCAGAGUGAGUCGGAUUACCUGAAUCAGAAGAGCCGCAACGAGAAGAAGCGAGAGGCUCGCCGUGCCGUUCGAUGGGGGAUGGAACUCGCUACCUUCUCUACUCCUCAAAUCAAACAAAUUUUAAGAGUGGCCUCGCUCGACCGAGAGGUUUUCGAUGCCCUCAUGUUAGUCAAGAGGUUUGGGCCCGAUGUCCGGGAAGGAAAACGAAGACAGUUCAACUAUAUAGGGAGACAAUUACGAAACGUGCAACCUGAAUUGAUGGAUGCUUUAAUCCAAGCCUCGAAAGAUGGUGACCAGAGUAAGCUGCAGGCUUUAUCUGGUACAAGGUCAUUGAUUGUUGAAGAGGAGGAUGAGGAAGAGUGGGAAGAAACUAAAUUUGAGGAGGAAGAGGAGGGGUGCUCCAGUUAUAUUGAUGUUGCAACCAGAUGGUUCGAAGGCCUCAUUGAGAAGGACUCUGACAUCACAAAUGAAGUUUAUUCAGUUCACAGUGUUGAAUUUGACCGUCAGGAGCUCCGCAAACUUGUAAGGCAAGUACACUCUAUGCAAGAGCGCCAAGUAAGUGAAGAAAAAGAGGGAGAAGUUGACAUGGCAUUGGCUAGGGCAAAGAAGUCUCUUACUCAUUUCCUUCGGACUCUUGCGAAGCAGUUGUCAGCAGAGUAAUAUUGCUUUUGAUCAGUCCUAUCAAUUUUUUAUUUUGCAGUGUAAUUUAUAGUAGGUAAGCUGCUUGAAGCAGGGAGAAGGGAGUCCUCGAACAGUUUGUGAGAUUGCAGCAAGUCGUUUGAGGAAAUACACUGUAAGAAGCUGCAAUGGUAGUAUCUUGAGGAAGAACUUUUUGGUCUUCAUUCAGAACAACCACGGUAGUUAUGAAGUAAGAACACAAUUUAUGGUCUCUAUGUUUCACACCUGAAUAUGCUUCCUCAGCAUAUGAUUCCAACUAAAUGGUACUGCAAGCACACGUCGAGGUUGCUUGCAGAGCAGUACCUCUUCCUCUCGGAGAAUGACAAAGUUAGAUUGUAUUUAAACAUUUGAUUUCAAUUGAGGAUCAAAUGUUAUUUAACAUUUGAUUUCAGCCUCUUCAAAGAUAUUUGUGGUGCAUCAGUUCUACGCAGACAAACAUUCAUUCAGACUUCUGCAGUCGAAACACAGCACCUUGCUCUCUGUUAAAACUACAUUCGGACUUAAAAUUAUUGGAGUUUUAUGGAAUAAGUGCUGCUGCUGUUGUAACACAGAAUUGUUUGAGCUUUGCUGAACUAUACAUGUCCCCUUGCACUAUACUGUUCUUGGUGUCGUAUUAUGCUAAUAGGGAACCAUAAUAGAAGUGGGGAACAUAAAUGUAAAAUCAUCAUCUACAGCUCAAUAAUUGUGGUCUCUCUCUCUCUCUCAAGAAAUUGCUGCUUGGUCGCAUGACCCUUGCAUCAGCAUGGUGUCAAUCACAGUAAGUUUUGUAGGGUGGUCCGCAUUGAAGACUUUUGCUAAGGGAGUCAUCCAUUUUGGCUAUGUGGAGGCACUAUUUCGAUCAUUGGAUAUUGAGGGAGUGAUCUUCGAUUGGUCUUGUGUUUUGGAGUCAAUUUCAAUUCAAUAUUCCCCACUAUGUCAGCUGUCCAUUUUUUUUUGUUCUCUA